AUCCUCCAAGAGAAGCGGGCUUACUUAUGUAAUCCAUCCUCUUCCACCCAGAGAGUGUCCAACAACAUUUCAUCCAUCGAUUCUCCUGAUACCAACACUACCCCACCUACUUUGUUGUAUAGCGCGACUAAUUUUCUGUGGUUGAAAUAUGUGACGUGCGUGGGACAAUUACUACAUCCAUUAGUUCCUGCUCCAUAUUUCCCCGCUACAACAAUUCCCGAGACGAACGAUACGAACCUCCAACCCCGUUUCUGCGGCGAUAAGAUAGCUAGCGAUAGAGCUUCGUUGCAUAUAUAAUAAAGAUGUCCUCGACCAAGACGUCAACGUCAAGGAUCGGUGAAGAGACAUGGAAGUGAGUUCCCCCCUAAGAUAAGAUGAUCCCCCGAACGCCCCGGUUUCCUUUUUCCAUUUCCUUUCCUUCGUUCCUUCUUCUCACAACAUACAAACGGUAUUGCACGCUCAAAAUGACCAAACAUUAAACGUCAAAAACAAAUCCAGAACAAAAGUCGACAAAGUCAACGCGGAGCUCGUGACACUGACAUACGGCACUAUCGUCGCGCAACUCUGCAACGACUACGACAGCGACUAUGUGGAAGUAAACAAGCAGCUAGAUAAGAUGGGAUAUAACAUCGGCAUGCGGCUAAUCGAAGACUUCCUGGCCAAAUCGGGCACGGGCCGCUGUGCGAAUUUCAGAGAGACUGCGGAUAUGAUCUCGAAGGUCGGAUUCAAGAUAUUCCUCAACAUCACGCCGACGAUCACGAACUGGACGAGCGAUAAUAAAUCCUUCUCGCUCAUAUUUGAAGAGAACCCGCUAGCAGACUUUGUAGAGCUGCCGGAUGACGGACGGGCCCAGGAUGAGCUGUGGUUUUCAAAUAUCCUAUGCGGGGUGCUGCGGGGGGCCCUUGAGAUGGUCCAAAUGCAAGUUGAGGCUCAUUUUGUGAGCGAUGUGCUGCGAGGGAACGAUGCGACGGAAAUGCGAGUGUCUUUAGUACGGUACCUUGAGGAUGAGUUACCACCAGAUGAUGAGUGAAUGAAUGAAAGAAUGAAAUGAAAUGACAUGAAUGAACAUUUUAUGUUUUUCUCUCUUUCACAUUUUCAUACUAUAUCCCCCCGUCUUCUUCCAGCCCGGGGUCUUUUUUCUAUUCAUGGUUUAUCCUCAUUUCGAUAGUAUUUUCUACCCUUGUUAGGUGCCCUUGUAUUAUUAUUAUUAUUAUUAUUAUUAUCUCUCUAUAUAUUAUAGAAAAACUCACUUUUCUAAGUAAAAUGCUCUGUAACAUGAUCUCACAUGAUAUCAUAUGCAUCUUAUUAAAAUGAAUUCAUAUGAACAGUCAGCUCUGCAGUCUGUACAGCUCUGAUAUUAAUCUUCAUUCUUUUCUUUACAGACAUUCUCUACUAUAUUUAC